AUGACGCCCUUGCACGUCGCCGCCAUGAAGGGCAAACUCGACGCGGCACAGCUCCUCGUCGACGCCGGCAGCGACGUCGACGCGCCCGACCUCGAGGGCAACUCGCCACUUCACUUUGCCGCGAGUUGGGGGCACGUCUCGAUCAUCAAGCUCCUCCUCGACCGCGGCUGCGACCCCGACAUGCGCAACGCCGACGGCUUCUCGGCCGCCGAGUUCGCCUACAGCUUUGGCGUUCUCAAGGACCUCGAGACGCUCAUCCGCCAACGAGUCGAGCAGGCCAAGGCCGACGACCGCGCCGCACGCCGCUCCAAGUCGCGCGCCAACUCGCAAACGCUGCGCGCCAAGCGCACCGGCUCGCAGUCGAUGCUCUCGAUCGCGCUCCCGCCCAGGCCGUCGCGCAGUGAGCACGGCGACGGCGAGGACGACGGCGAGCGGUCGCCCUCGUCGAGCUUUGUCGCGUCGCCCGACCCGACCGCGUUCGGCCUCGGGCUCACGCAGCUCGCCAUCCCGUCCGGCGUCCCUCGCCUCGGCGCGCCCAUCCCGCCGACGCCACAAGCCGACGCGAGCGUGUUCCGGCGCCAGGCGCCCCUCGCGACGCCCGACACGCCGAGCGAGCCUCACACGCCGAGCUCGCUGUACCCGAACACGACGUCGCCGCAGCUUUCCCCUCUUCCCUCGCCCGCGUCCGUCGCCGCGAGCCGCCCGUCGACGCCCAAGCUGUCGCCGAUCAUGUUCCGCCGGUUCAGCAGCCGCGCGUCGAGGGCCUCGAGCACGUCGGUCGGCUCGGCUGCGACGAGCGCAGCGCACGUCACGUCGCCCGGCGGCGGCGGCAACGGCGGCGCGAGGACGAGCGACGUUGCGCCCUCGCCGGCGUCGGGCUACUCGGGCGCGAGGGAGGAGCAGCACGCGACGCCCGACUCGGUCCAGACGGCGACGCCGACGCCGGCCUCUCCCACGCCGGCGUCAAGCACGGAUUGGUCGAGGCGCCCCGCAGGCUCGCUCUCGCCCGCCGUGUACCAGAGCGCGCAGCCCGGGCCGUACGCCGCCUCGCCCGUCAUCGCGCACUACGCGCCGACGGCGCGCGCGCCGCCUCCCUCGGUCGGGCCCUCGUCGCCGUCGCCCGCUCCCUAUCCACCCCAUCCUCCCAUCCCGGUCGACCGCCUCCCACCCCCGUCGCCGCCGCCACCGCCGCACUCUCCGCCGCCGCCACACUCGAUCCGUCCGCCCUCGCCCUCGCACGCCCUCGCGAACGCCCACGCGCACAACAAGCUCGUGCGCAAGUCGCGCUCGCACGCCCACGCGCCGUCGCUCUCGUCCGCCGCACAGGCGCAGGCGCACCAGGGCCCAGGAGCACCCGCAGGGGCAGAGCCGUCGUCGCUCGGGCUCCUCGUGCCGCCCGGCGUGCAGGCCGGGCAGCGCAGCGUGAGCGGGCCUGCGCUCGGGCGGUCGAGCGCCGAGUGGGCGUUGGGCACGGGUACGGGCUCGUCGGGCCGGUCGAGCUUUGACGUGGCCGAGGCGGUCGUGCACGACCUGCGCGAGCGGGAGCGGGACAGGGAAAGGGAGCGCGAGCGGGCGAGGGGAGGGCACAAGCUGCGGAAGGAGCACCACCACCAGCACCGGGCGAGCGAGGCGAGCGGGACUGGGACGGACAAGGACAAGCCGCAUGGAGGGAGGCUCGCGAGGGUGCUCGGACUGAGGAAGUAGCGCGAGGCGACGAAAGCGAGCAGGAUUCUCACACUCUC